GGGCAAUCUGUGAACGGAUUUUUUUUCUUUCUGAUUGACGCUAUGGAUAACGAUGAUGCUGCACGAAAUCGUGACUUUGGAUUGCCGGUGAUCCUUCUCGACAAACAGUCCGCCACGGAUUUGAAGGAAGCAGGGGCGGUGAAAAACGCCAUUUGCGCUACAUGGGAGUGAUGUGCAGUGACGAUUACUCCAAACAACCAUUUGCUCCGACGACGAGGCCAUGGAAACGAGACGCAAGAGUUUUAUGAGCUGCAUGAUUUGACUAUGAGAAUGUCUGUCUUUGGCUGAUUAUCAUGUGCGGUAGACGGCGUGUGCGUUUUGUCAAUAUUGCGGCUCAAGUCGACUCGCGCUGUGCCUUCACAGUCAAAACUUCGCACAUAUUUCUUCGCCAUGCCAUUAUUUUUAUCCAAGACAAACCCACGGCUUUAUACAGUACUCGGGGUAAUCUAUUAAUGAUUUUUCCAUUAUCAGCUUUGCGAGUUCCAUCCGUAUACGGGUGCUAUUUGCUGCCUCUUGCAUUUACGAAAUACUCGCGCUUUUCGAGUCGGUUGUUCUGGAAAGAGGUUCCGGAGUGGUAUGAUAUCAGUUCGACAAUAUGUGAACUGGUGUGGCAGAUGCCAAUCGCGGGUUUCUGUGCCCAUUUUUCUUGCUUACCACUCGUGUUUGGCAUGUCCAGAAAGAAGAUUCCAAUGCCUUUCAUUCGCCAUCCAUCACAUUACGAUCCGACCUCAAAUGCGGAUUUCUGCUCGCUUGUCCUUCAACUUCUUUUCCCGGCGCAUGAGUGAUGAAUUUAUUUCAGCCGUGGUGUCUGUCCCAUUUUCUGUUUCGAUUCAAAUUGUCUCAUUAUCUAUCUUAUCCACGCGAUUCUGUUUUUCUCCUCUUUUCUAUCUUAUUUUCUUUUUCGGGUGGCUAUCUGCUUAUGCGCUUUUUUUAUGGUCGACAUCUGCUUGGUUGGUUUGCGUUUG